AUGGCACUCAACUGGCCUGGCCUGCUGUCGAUUGGGGUGUUCUACCUCAUUGUCCUCGCGACAGGCGUCUGGGCGUCAAGGAAGUCCAAGCGUGAGGAGAGGAAAUGCACUGGAAACCUUAGUGAGGUUGCCAUGGUUGGAGGGCGGAACCUCAACAUCUGGGUCAGCAUCUUCACUACCACAGGUGUGUAGUCAACAUAACUAACUAGUAACAUAAGAUCCCCCAGAUUUGAAAGUCGUUCAAGUAUUGACUGAGUGUUUUUCAAUGUUUAGUGGUUGUUCUGUGUGACCACCCUCUCUCUACAGCUACAUGGGUGGGAGGAGGUUUCAUCUUAGGCAAUGCUGAGGUGAUCUAUGACCCUAAAAGGGGCCUGGCCUGGGCCAUCGGACCGAUAGGCUUCUCCCUCAGCCUCGUUGUAGGUGUGUAUGGUCAUGUUAUGACUCAUAAUAAUGGCUGGAACGGAGCAAAUGGAAUGAUGUUGUUGAUACCUUUCCACUUAUUCCGCUCCAUCCAUUAGACGUGCCCGUCCUCCUCAAUUAAGGUGCCACCAACCUCCAGUGGUGUAGGGUAAAUAAUUCACAGUAAAUUCGUGACUGCAGGUGCAUUGUUCUUUGUGAAACCGGUCCGAGAGAAGAAUUACGUCACCAUAAUGGAUCCGUUCCAGGAGAAGUAUGGGAACACGUUAACUGCUAUUCUCUUUGUCCCAUCACUCCUUGCUGACAUCUUCUGGAUAGCCUGUGUGCUCGCUGCAUUGGGUAAGUCAGUUGUUCUGUCAGCAAAAUAGCCAUCACAGCACAUUUUAGCACGUGCCAUGACACAAGCCACGUUUACCUGGUUAGGUCACGUGGAAAAACUAUCUCUAUCUUAGAUUUGAUAUAAUUUAUUGAUGAAUAAGCAAUUAUUGUCCACCACCACAUUAUCCGGAAGCAUGAGAAUGAGUCUAAACUCUUACAUAAUUAGUUGGUGAUGUUGGCCAACUCCUGAUGCAUGAAUGAGUGCAUGUGCAUGAACCUGCACGGCAUAUCUGUAAGUUAUACAUUGGAUGAACUGUUGAGGCAGGCAUUCUAGUGACAUCAUGGCACUCAGAUCUCAGGGAUGUUGUUGGCUAUAGAUUACGCACAGAAGCUUGCAAGCUACUAAGCUAGCUAGAAUAUGUGAACAAUCUGCACAAUGCUUUGCUCUAGGGGGAACGGUGAGUGUGAUCAUGGAUAUCCCAUCACCCUUGGCUGUGGCCCUGUCUGCUGCUGUGGCAGUUCUCUACACACUGCUGGGAGGGCUGUAUUCGGUGGCCUACACUGAUGUCAUCCAGCUCAUCUUCAUGUUCCUCAGCCUGGUGAGGACACUUCGUCCUGCAGUCUUAGAGAAAAGGGUUUCAAAAGCGUUCUUCGGCUGUCCCCAAAGGAGAACCCUUUUUGGAAAGGGUUCUACAUGGAACCAAAAAUAGUUAUUCAAAGGGUUCUCCUAUGGGGACUGCCGAAGAACCCUUAUUGGUUCUAGGGUCAACGUGUUAUAGUGAGUGAGUGCACCUGUGUGGUCUACUGUAUGUAUAUACACGCCCAGAUUCACUUCAUUUACGUGUAGGGUUUCUGUAUGGGAACUGCUUCAAUAUGUUUAUUUAUUCUUCCCUCUAAUGGUUUUGUGGUUUUGGUUUUUCCCUUUCAGUGGUUUUGUGUGCCCUUCAUACUGAUGAGCCCUGCCUCAGCAGACAUUACAGUCACAGCUGUGACAAAACUGUAUCAGGAGCCAUGGACCGGCAGGCUGAAGUUGGCAGAUGCAGGGCGCUGGCUGGAUGACCUGCUACUGGUGGUAAUGUCAGCUUAAAGUCACAUUUCACUCCAAUUUCACGGUUUGUCAGAGGAGUUCAGACCUCAAACGUGGUCUAAUAACUAGUUGAUUCCACAUCACACACGUCUCAAUCCCAAAUGAAGACCCUGUCAUAUUCAUUGUAUUGUGUUACCUUUGUAUUUGCUGUGCUGAUUGUUUUCUAAUUUAGGUCUUGUCACUUUUUGGAUUUCAGCAUUUUUAACAAUGGUCCCUUUCAAUGUCUCUCUCUCUCAGACUCUAGGUGGAAUCUGUUACCAGGCCUUCUACCAGAGGGUCCUGGCCACAGCCACUGUGGCUCAGGCUCAGUUCACCUGCUAUGCUGCCUCUGUCGUCUGCUUCAUCCUCUCCAUACCACCUCUUCUCAUUGGUGCUGUGGCAGCAUCCACAGGUACAGCAGUGUGUUCAUCAAAAUGGAGGAGUAGGCUUCAUGGGAGGAGCCAACUCUGUUCCAAUAAUGUCAAUCACUGGGAGUUCUGUAAAUCUAAUAUGCUUGCUUUUUUUCUCUGUCUCACUUAGAUUGGAACCAGACCAGUUUUGGUCUACCUACUCCCUUUGAGCAGGGCAAGGCGGGUAUGAUUCUGCCCAUCUCCCUGCACCACCUGUGCCCGCCUUUCGUCUCUCUUGCUGGAAUCGGCGCCAUUGCUGCUGCCGUGAUGUCAUCGAUUGACUCUGCCCUGCUGUCUUCUGCGUCCCUUUUUGCCCGAAACAUCUACAAAAACAUUAUCAGCAAAAGGGUGAGACAAAGUUAGAGAAGCUACUUACAAACAUCUUAGUUUAUUCUAUGUAAUUAUUUAUUUGUAAUUGUUUUCCACAAAUUUACUGAAUAGGGCCCUGCGAUUGCUUUUUUGUCUUCAUUUUAGGCCUCUGAGAAAGAGAUUCUACUGGUUGUGAAGGUGUCCAUCCUACUGUUCGGUCUGAUGGGGGCGGGCUUGGCAAUGACAACCUCCUCUGUGUAUGUAUUCUGGAUGCUCAGUGGAGAUGUGAUGUACUCUGUGGUCUGUGCCCAGUUGAUCUGCGUCCUCUUUCUGCCUGGGAAGGUCAAUGGGUAUGGUGCCUUGGCAGGCCUUGUGGUAGGGCUACUGCUGCGGCUCCUAGUGGGAGAGCCCCUGCUUGGUGUGCCCGGACUCAUGCCCCUUCCCUGGGACAGCCUACAUGAUGACGGGCGUCUGCUGCAUGUCUUCCCCUUCCGCACCAGCAUCAUGUUGGUCUCUCUGGCCACCAUUCUGGUUGUAUCCCGUUUUGUAACCUGCCUUUUCCUUAAAGGGCUCCUGCCUGACAACUGGGAUGUAUAUGGACUUGGCCAAAAAAGGAUGGUUUCAAUGAAGGAUAUGGUAGAUAAGGAUCCGACUGAGAAGAUUGGACUGAACACAAGGCAGCUGUACCCUAUUCCUCAUGCGAACAAAGAAGAUAUGAGCUCUUUACAAUGGCCUGGGGUCCCAUCA